AGUUAUUUACAAUUGUGGAAUGUAUAUAUCGCUAAUUAUACUAUGUCGACGAAGUACAUGGUAUGUUGUUAUGAAUAAAAGGAUUUGAGAGGCCUGUAUUUCAAAAUGGAGGCAGGUGCUCCUUCCACAUGCCCUAAUCAAACAGAUACAAAUGUACUGUUAUCUGAAAAUCAUACUGAUCACAUCACAGAGAAUGUUUGUGCUGAGAUGGAAGACCACAGGACUGUUCCAAAUCCUAUAGGCUGUACAGAAGAGGUAAACAUGUCAAACAAUACCUUAAAACAUGUAAACCUGAAAACCCUUCUUGAAGACAUCCAAAAGGAAGAUGCUGUUGGGAUAGACAAAACGGGUCAUGUGGAUGUUUCAGAAACUGAAUCUGGUAAAGUCUCUGAGGACAUCCACCAUGAUGAUUCAGGUGAAUAUGUCUUGCCAAUGUUAGCCCAAUGCAAGCUAGAGGAACAGUCUAUAAGCACAAAGGAGAUGUCUCUCCCUCUUGAAGAAACUCCUUCAGAGGCUUUCUGUCAACGGUAUGAGGAUAUUACAACAGAGAGCUGGCGACAACACAGGAAGCAUGUGUUUGUUCUGAGUGAGGCUGGGAAACCCAUCUACUCCCGCUAUGGUAGUGAGGAAGCCCUGUCCUCCACCAUGGGCGUCAUGAUGGCUCUGGUGUCCUUUAUUCAAAGUGGAGAUAAUGUUAUUCGUUCUGUCUACUCAGAUGAACAUACAGUGGUGUUUAUGCAGCAAGGGCCACUGGUGCUGGUCAGUGUCUCUAGCAGUCAUCAAUCUGAGCAACAGCUACGCAGUGAACUGCUUUAUGUCUAUAACCAGAUUGUGAGCAUGCUUACUCAAGCCAGCAUCACCCGCAUCUUUGAGCACAAGAAGAACUACGAUCUACGCCGUCUGCUUGCAGGCUCAGAGAAGAUUCUAGAUGGUUUGUUAAACCUAGUUGACUCAGACCCUAGCUUCUUGCUCUCAGCUGUGCACUGUCUGCCUAUGGCUUCUUCAUUCAGGGACUCCCUUAGCCAUAUACUGCAGAAAGCCAUUACCCCUAACUUGGUCUUUUCUAUUCUCAUUGCCAAAAACCAGUUGGUCACCAUAGUCCAGGAGAGGAUGGUGAUUGAGGAUGCUAAGCUAAACCCAUCUGACCUUCACCUGCUGCUCAACCUCAUCAGGGCCUCCUCAGCCUUUCAGUCUGGCGAGAUUUGGACCCCUAUUUGUCUUCCCAGCUUUAAUCCUGACUGUUACUUUUAUGCAUACAUAUCCUACCUGGAUCCACCUGAAUGCACAGUUUGCUUGCUACUGCUCUCCACAGACAAGGAAGCAUUUUAUUCAGUGGCAGAGUGUAAAAGGAAGAUUGAGGCAGCUAUGCAGGCCCAGAACGCUCUGAGUGUCAUUGCCAAAGCUCAGUCUUACAGUGUAAGCCAGUUGGGAGUGUCUGAUCUCCAGCACUUUAUGUACAAGCCUUUUGAUGUUCCAGACAACCACCGUCAGCUUACACAGUUCACCAGCCCAGAGAUCGAGGCUCCUUACAUCACUGAGGAGGAGAAGAUGCGACUACUGGACCUUUACAGAAACUUGCACAGCCGCAUCCACAGCACCUCAAGACCUCUUAAACUCAUCUAUCAUGUGGCUGAGCGAGAGACUCUUCUAGCCUGGGUUACAAGCAAAUUUGAGUUGUACACUUGCUUUAGCCCCCUUGUUACUAAGACCUGUGCCAUUAACGCCAUCACAAAACUGCUGCGGUGGGUAAAGAAGGAGGAGGACCGUCUCUUCAUUCGCUACCCCCCAAAGUACUCAACCACUCCUAACCCAUCUAAAAGCUCUAGAGGAGAUGCAUAUGGAUCAAGCUGAUCUUCACCACACCUAUAUAAAACAAAAUUUCCAUAUUUAAGUAGCAACAUCUUAACUUAAUUACCUUAAGUAAUUUAUUAUGAAUUAUGUGUUAAAACACUUGUCCUAUUUUGGAAUGUUUAUAGAUGUUGAAAUCAUGUAGGUAAAUAUAAUCUUAUAAUAUAUGUUGUGACUGGGCUAGAUUUUGUAUAUUGUUUUUAUGAAUAUCUUGCAUCAGAUAGUCUCAGCAAGCCAGGUCGAGCUUGUAAGCAUUUCUGAAUUUAGGCCCUAUGGGUCUUUUCAUGGUCUUACUUCUGUUUUAGAUUUAGUUCCAUUUGGGCAGCAGGUUAGGUUUGUUGAAAUAACUGUGAAAUUGUGGUACUGCUACAUUUAGGUACUGCUUCCUGGAUUGCCUGAAAACUGUGGUUGAGGGUUAACCUAAGUAAAAUCUUCGGUCCUGAGGCCAGAAAUAGAAUAAUCCAGUUGGCUGAUCAUGUCAGAUUACUUUCUGCUUAACUAUUCAUUGAAGCAAGAGAUGGAACAGUUCAUGGAACUGAUUAAGCAUAAUGACAUGUGUGAGGGCAUAAAACACAAGUGACUAAAACUCACACGAAUCCUGAAUUAAUUAGGUCUCUUUUUGGGGAACUUUGACUAAAAGGCUUUGCACAAACUUAUAGUGGCAACCAAAAGAAAUGUACUAAAUAAAUAAUAUAUUAAUUAAAUAAAUGCUUUCAAGUACAAGAGCUGAACUUUACCAGUUUUUCGAAAAGCAUGCGACCUAAAAUAGUUUGUUCAAUAAGCAAAUUAAUUAGCAAAUUUCUUUUGUGUUUGUGAUUGUUUAUGAAAGAUAGCAUUAGUAGGUUUGUUAGAAAAACCUUCUAGGGUAACAUCCUUCUUUAAUGAGGCCAUAAACAAUACCAAAUAAGGAGAGGCUAUGUACAUGCCUUUGUAAUGUGUGCAGCAUGUGUUUUUACAUUGUCUUGUUAAACAAUUUAUGGACGUCCUUAUGAAAGACUGGGUUGUCUUGAAGGCAGCAUAUGUUAUUCUAAAAUCGCUAUGUACCUUUCUGCAUUAAUGCUGCCAUUACAGAAAUGUAACAAGAAGUGUUACCUUUGUCAGGGGCACUGGCUUUUGGAUUUGUUGCUGAUCAGUCUGGAUCCUCAAUUUUGUCUUUGGUCCAGAGCACACGGCAUCCAUUUCUUCUCAAAAAGGUCUGAAAUACUGAUUUGUCUGACCACUAUACACAUUUCCACUAUGUGAUCCAUCCCUGAUGCCCCAGAGCUCAGAAUACUCAGCACUUUUUUUGGACAAGUUUUGGAAUGGCCCAGUCACAACCCAGGCCUAAAUCUAAUUGAAUGGUGUGGUGUAACCUGUAGAGGGCUGUGCACAGAGGAGGCAAUCUGACAAAUAUGAAGCACUAUCACAGUGGGCAAAUCAAGAUGUACCAUGCUGAUUGACUCCUACCCAAAAAGACUGAGUGCUGUUAUUAAUAUCGAAAGGUGCGUCAACAAAGUCACAUUACCAGUAACAGGUUUGUUGAGAGAUAAUUAUUUUAAAGUACUGUAGAAUAAACAGCCUGGGGCAUGUUUUCAUAAGGUGUAAUGUUGGUAAGAGGUCAUGUUAUGUACCAUGGUCAUACUAUACUACUGUCAUAUUCAACAAUAAAGAAUGUCUUUAACAAA